AUCUCAAAGUGGAGAACUAAUGAACUGGAAUUUCAUAGAAUUCUCAGCUUCUCUGGUUUGGUUUGGGCAGAAUUAUUAGAGAGAGAGAGAGAGAGAGAGAGAGAGAGAGGGCAGACAUGUCAUGCAACUGUGAGAUAGAAACCGCAGCUGUUCCUCCUCAAUCUGAAUCUGACCCUUCUCAAUGUAUAGAUCAUCAACAACAAGUCCCCGAAGUUCCAGAAGCACCUAUCAUGGGUUCAUCGCCGCCGUCGGGGAUAGAGUUCCCGAUCGAAUGGCCCCAAGACGGCAAGUUGAGCCUUGAGUGGGUCCAGAAUCUGAUGGCCGUCUUCGAUUGGUCGUCGAGAAAUCUAACACCAACCCAAUUCCAGGAGGUACUUCCUGUCCUGGUUUUCGAUAGCUUGGUUCUUACGGCCUCUAAGAUCCUCCAUAAAGAACCCAACUGCGUCAAGAUCGACGAAUGCGGCCCUGACUCCUCGGUCGUCGUCGUCGGCGACGUCCACGGCCAGCUGCACGAUGUUCUCUUCCUUCUGAACGAUGCUGGGCACCCGUCGGAGAAUAGAGUCUUUGUCUUCAAUGGUGACUAUGUCGACAGAGGAGCUUGGGGUCUCGAGACUUUCUUGAUUCUGCUGGCGUGGAAGGUUCUGAUGCCGAAGACUGUUUAUCUUUUGAGAGGUAACCAUGAAUCCAAGUACUGUACUUCUGUUUAUGGAUUUGAGAAGGAAGUGUUGGUUAAGUAUAGAGAUGAGGAUGGUAAAGAUAGAGUAGGAAAACAUGUGUAUAGAAAAUGCUUGGGUUGCUUUGAAGGGCUUCCUCUUGCGUCCAUUAUAAAUGGGAAUGUGUAUACUGCUCAUGGAGGACUAUUCCGCAGCAUUGCUGUCACGCCGGUCAAGAGAGCGAAGGGGAAGAAGAAUCGGAAGGUUGUUUUGAAUCCGGAGACGAGUUCUUUGGUUUUGGGGUCCUUAGAGGAGUUGUCUAAGGCUCGGAGAUCGGUUCUUGAUCCUCCUUGGGAAGGUUUGAACUUAAUUCCGGGUGAUGUGCUGUGGUCGGACCCUUCGAUGAAGCCUGGCCUUGCUCCGAAUAAAGUGAGAGGCAUUGGUCUGAUUUGGGGUCCUGAUUGUACUGAGGACUUUCUUAAGAAGUUUCAGCUCAAGUUGAUUAUCAGAUCGCAUGAAGGCCCUGAUGCACGUGAGAAGAGGCCCGGUCUUGGAGGAAUGGAUCAAGGGUACACCAUAGAUCACGUCGUGGAGUCUGGGAAGCUCAUUACUUUAUUUAGUGCUCCAGAUUAUCCACAAUUUCAGGGUACCGAGCAGAGGUAUAGAAAUAACGGGGCUUACAUUGUUCUGGAACCCCCUAAUUUUGAUCAUCCUGUAUUUCAUAGUUUUGAAGCAGUUACUCCAAGACCACAGGUAAAAGCAUACUAUGAUUAUGAAGAAGCAAUUGAUUCUGAUGAGGAGUUGGACAUGGCAUCAAUGGCAACCAGUCCUUAAUGAUCCAUCAUCAGCUGGUGUUCAUCACAAAUUUACAUUUUCUUAGUUUUAUUAUGCCAAUCUCUUUCUUUGUGAUUUUUUUUCUGAUCUUAAGAUAUACGCAAGCCUUUCAUAAUACUAUAAUUGGUAGUAUAACACAAUUCUUGUAAUUACUUUUGCCGUCCUCAAUUUACUGCAGUCAUUUGAAAGUUAACAAGUUCGAAACUGCUUAUAUUCUAUUCAA